AGCCAAUCACAGAAUACAUUAACGGCUCACGAUCUGGCUAACCAUCAUCCCCCAUAACGCUGUCCAUUUCGAUACAUUCCGUUUUCUGUUCUCUUCUAGUUCAAGCCGGACCUAAAAGUAUUUAAGUAAGUUAAAUUUUUAUCUUCUUCCCCAACAAUCCCACCAACAAUUCCAACAAUGACUAGCCAGUCCUCUAACUCUUCCAUUCUCUGCGCCUCUUUCAAUCAAGAUAAUAGUGGCUUUGCAAUAAGCACUAAGGAUGGCUUCAAAAUAUUCGAUCCUAACACAGGCCGUCUCUGUUAUGAACGAGCUGUUGGAGCUUUUAUUAUUGUUGAAAUGCUUUACAGUUCUAGUCUUCUUGCUAUUAUUGGAGCUGGUGAACAGCCUUCUUUAUCCCCACGGCGUCUCUGUUUGUUCAAUACUACUACCGGAACUGCCCUUCGAGAACUGAAUUUCUUAACUUCGAUCCUUGCUGUUCGAUUAAAUAGAAAAAGGCUUCUUGUUGUUUUGCAAGAAAAGACAUAUAUUUAUGACUUAAAUAGUCUUGAUAUUGACACUAUUGAUACAGUUCCAAACAUAGAAGGACUUUGUGCAAUCUCCCCUAGUUUGGACGGUUGCUUCUUGGCUCUUCCUGCAAGUACAACUAAAGGAUCAGUUCUGGUGUACAAUGUCAUGGAACUCCAGUCACAUUGUGAGAUAGAUGCUCAUCGUGCACCACUGGCAGCAAUUGCCCUUUCUUCCAAUGGGAUGUACAUUGCUACAGCAUCGGAACAGGGAACAAUAAUCAGAGUUCAUCUAGUUCUUGAUGCUACUAAGUCUUAUAGUUUCCGGAGAGGGACAUACCCAUCAACAAUAUUUUCCUUGUCGUUUGGUCCUUCACUUCAGCUUCCAUAAAUUCUUGUAGCAGCAAGUACUUCAGGUUCUAUUCAUGUCUUCUAACUGGGGUUUGCCAUAAAUCUGAGAAAUAGAAGAUCAAGUAGUUUCCUUGGGUCGAUAUUACCUGAGUCUGUAAAUGAUGUACUGGAUCCAGCUCAUCAUCACGUGCUUCACAAUGCUGUUCCAACUGGAGUAAAGAGUUACCUGGUAGUGCGCAAGGUGGACAAGGUUGCUGACACAUCAUCAACUAAACUUGUUGCUUUUAGAGCCACUAUAUCAGUAAUAACCUUUAAUGGUUACUUCCAGGAGUAUAUUGUAAACAUUAACAAUCUGAAUGAAUCUAAAUGGAGCUUGGAGCGUGAAUUUAGUCUUUUGGCAUCGACUACUGGUGAAGAACAACAAUUUCAGAUGGUGUGAUAUGAUUUUACUGUUGCUGACAUAAUUCAACUGCUUAAUGGAAAACAAAAGAAGGGAAGUUCUCUUGCAGUCUUCAGUGAUCAGCCUUCACAGACGGCCAAGAUUUGCAAAGUGUUGACCUGUAAGUAAAACUAGACUUUUUUUGUAAAUACACAGAUAAAACUCGGAAUCUGCAAAAUAUAGCACUCAAGCUUUAUCUGCUAGCCACCUUAGACUUUUAUGUAUCAUACGGUAUUUAUGUAUAAAAUAGAAAUCAAAAAGUACUAAAAAGAAAUAUCUGGUGCAUUAUUUUGUAUUGUUCUCAUUUUGGCUAUUGUUAUAGGCAAGUAUAUAAAUAUAUCCCUGCACUGUUCAAUCAAUGUUUUAUUAAUUUAAUUUUACAAGUUGAAGCAUUUGAUUAAA